AUGUCGCUCUGCAGACCGGCAACGCAUUCGCCUGUGACAUCAUCUGCCAUGCUUCGAUGUGUGCAGCAGUCGUCCUGCUUGCGCCUCGCACCAAAGCAUCGAUUGUUCUCCUCAUAUGGCAACGCCUACAGAUCAUCAAAGCGUGAUAUGCAGACCGCCACCGCGUAUCGACCACACACAUUACCAUCUGCUUUCCCAAUACUACCAAGCCCUGGAGCCAAAGACUCACCCAUCGCCGCCGAUUUUCUGAACCCCCGUGAACCCAUCCAGCACCGCCAAGAAACACAAAACAGCUCUACAAUAACGAGCGAAGGCGAAGCUCGACAGCCAAAGCCCGUUGAGUCUACGCCAGCCACGUCCAAGGCUCCCGAGAAGCCUCGCAGAAAGCUCCGCCCCCGCAAGGCGGCAAUGAAGUUAACUCCUGUUGCGAUUGAACAGCUCCGCAGACUUCUAUCCCAACCCGAUCCAAAGUUAAUUCGUGUUGGUGUUAAGAACCGCGGCUGUUCCGGUCUCGCCUACCACCUCGAAUAUGUUGAGAAGCCAGGCACAUUUGACGAGGUCGUUGAACAAGAUGGGGUCAAGGUCUUGAUUGAUAGCAAGGCGUUGUUCAGCAUAAUCGGCAGUGAAAUGGACUGGCAGGAAGACAAGCUAAGUGCAAGAUUUGUUUUUCGCAACCCAAAUAUCAAGGAAGAAUGCGGCUGUGGCGAAUCGUUCAUGGUUUAG